UGAUCCUUCCUGCUUUGUUGAGACUGGGAAGCCAUUUUGGGAUUCUGCGGUGUGGAAUAGAAAAUAAUGUGCUGUCAACUUGCAAACUUGCCUUGAAUUAUUUUGACUGGGAUUGCUGGACCUUGGAACAGAAUGCUGAAGCAUAUAAUCAUUCUAAAUAUGUGAAACGGAUGACUCAGGAUUUUGGAUAUAUAGGUUUGAUGCCAUGCAUUUGCUGCUGUUUUUUGUUAAAAUUAUGAUUUGAAACAGUCACCAUGGAUUUUUCACGUCUACACACGUACACCCCACCCCAAUGUGUGCCAGAGAACACUGGCUAUACAUAUGCACUCAGUUCAAGUUAUUCUUCAACUGCUCUGGAUUUUGAGACUGAAAACAAAUUGGAUCCAGUGUUUGAUUCUCCAAGAAUGUCAAGACGCAGUUUACGCUUGGUCACUGCAGGAUAUAAUGCAACAGAUGAUGCCCAAAAUGACAACAUUCAUAGCAAUUCCUAUAUUGGAAACAUGUCUUUGUCAGAUCAAUCAUCCAGAACAGCAAAGCAGCGCAAAAGUAUGAGCAAGCAGUCUGUCACUAUGAAAAAUACUCCAAGAAAAAAUGUAUCCAGCUCUUCUAUUUUUAGCCAAAGUAGUUUCAAUAGCCAUGCCAGUGAUACAUCUGUAGUAUCUACUGUAUUGGAUGAAUCUUUGAUUCAGGAGCAAACAGAAGUUGACCAUUUUUGGGGGCUUGAUGAUGAUGAAUGCGAUAUUAAAGGUGGGGACACAACAGUGAUUCAGGGAAAUGGUGAUAUAGCAACAGCUGAAACACAGACUACCAUGAUCAAUGGCUAUACUUGCAGUGACUGCAGUAUGCUUUCUGAACGGAAAGAGGUCCUCACAGCGUACUCUGCUUCUCACAUGCCAUCUUCAAGAAUUUACUCUAGGGAUAGAAGCCAAAAAUAUAAGUCUAGAAACACCCCUUUCUACAUGAAUAAGAUUCUACGAUUGAUCAAAUAUACUGCAACAUCUUUUGCAUCACUGUUAGUGCAACUAUUUCAAAUGGUAUUGCUGAACCUGGGUUGUGAAUUUAAAGCUCACUCGAAUUACUGUGGAAGUAUGAAUGUAAAAGACUUUCUCAAAGAGGAUGGCCAUCUUGGUAUAAAUGGGGAAUCAUUGUGUGAUGACUGUAAGGGGAAGAAACAUCUUGAAACAUGCACAACAGUCCACAUGCAAUCCUCAAGGUCUAAAAGGGUAGCAAGGACCAUUUGGCACACCUUUUCUUAUGCAGGUUACUUUAUGCUACAAGUGUUGCGAACAGUGGGAGCAACAGGAUGGUUUAUGUCUCAGAAGAUGUUAUCACUACUUUGGCUGGCCAUUGUUUCUCCAGGGAAGGCAGCUUCUGGGGUAUUCUGGUGGCUUGGAACUGGAUGGUAUCAACUUAUUACUCUGAUUUCUUUGUUCAAUGUGUUUCUUCUUACAAGAUGCCUUCCAAAGAUUUACAAGUUGUUACUAUUUCUCAUCCCACUGCUGUUUUUGCUAGGUAUAUGGUACUGGGGCUGUGAAGGCUUCCUUUCAUUACUGCCUGCAUUCAAUUGGACAAGCAUACGUCAAACACAAAGAAUAGACGAACCUGUGCAGAUUCUUAAACCACAUCCCGAUUCUUCUCGCUAUGUCCAGCCUCCAGAGGGUACCAUACAGUUAUUUGAUUCUAGUCGUAUGAGUGAACUGGAAAAGCAAAUGGCCUUCAUGUCUGACAGAUGUCAUCACAAUGAUGAAGAAUAUGGCAAAGUGAUGCUACAGCUUGAGAAGCUUCAGGAUCAGGUUGCCCAGAUGAAUGACAAAAGUGAGAUGUUGAUGCUAAUAAAAAAUGUAAUGGGCCAACAUUUUAAGGAAAUGCAAUCUGAGGAAAUAGCACAUUCAACGACUGAUCUUCUGGCUUUACACCAAGAACAUGAAUUGCGCAUUUUGACACUGGAAGGCCUCAUUGGAAAACUUUCUGCAAAAUCUGAGGACAUCCAGAAGGAACUUGAACUAACCCAAACAAGAACAGUGAGUGGAAGUGAUGAGCAAAACCAGCACCUUUUAUCCAAGGUUAAACAAUUAGAACUAGAAUUGGCUCACAUGAAGUCAGAACUGUUAACUCCGCAAGGCUUGAAGACCUGCUGUGAGAAAGGAGAUACGAGUCAUGAAAAGGUAGAUGCCCAGGUCAAAGAAUCUGUCAAACUUAUGUUUUUUGGUGACCAACAAGAAGACUUUUCUGAAUCACUACUCCAAUGGCUAACAUCUAAAUUUGUGAGCAAGAGCGAUCUGCAGGUUUUGUUACGAGAUCUAGAGCUUCAAAUCCUCAAGAAUAUUACUCUCCACAUGUCUGUUACAAACCAAAAGCUAACCUCUGAAGUAGUAACAAGUGCAGUAAAUAAUGCAGUGAUUUCUGGCAUCACAGAAGCGCAAGCACGCAUUAUUGUAAAUAAUGCAUUGAAACUUUAUUCUCAAGACAAGACGGGUAUGGUGGACUUUGCUUUAGAAUCUGGAGGUGGCAGCAUUCUGAGUACUCGCUGUUCUGAGACCUACGAGACCAAAACAGCUCUAAUUAGUCUCUUUGGAAUUCCUUUGUGGUAUUUCUCUCAGUCUCCCAGAGUGGUGAUCCAGCCUGAUAUGUAUCCAGGAAACUGCUGGGCAUUCAAAGGAUCACAGGGAUACCUUGUAGUUAGACUUUCUAUGAUGAUCUACCCAGCAUCCUUUACAUUAGAACAUAUACCAAAAAGCCUUUCACCGACAGGAAAUAUCACAAGUGCUCCUAAGGAUUUCUCAGUAUAUGGACUAGAAGAUGAAUAUCAGGAAGAAGGUACCCUUCUAGGACAGUAUGUGUAUGAUCAAGGAGGAGAGUCACUACAGAUGUUUCAAGUGACGGAGAAAAAUGAAAAUGCAUUCCAGAUAGUGGAGCUAAGAAUUUUUUCUAAUUGGGGCCAUACAGAGUACACCUGUCUGUAUCGGUUCAGAGUGCAUGGAAAACCUACUGAAUAAACUACUACACUACAGCUUUUUUUGUUGUAUAUUUUCUGUUUGUAUAUAUUGGAAAACCUAGAACACUGGAAUCUUUAAAGGAUGAGGAUAUGUGACAUGUACUGCAGGAUCAAUACUCCUCUUCAAUAAAAUGCAGAAGACUGUCAGCAGAAUUGUAUACAAACUCAUAC